CAAUGUAAUGCCUAGUUUGCUGUGAAAACAAUUUCAGGAGACAGGAUCAAUAUUCAGACGGCCUGGGCAAGGGCGUUCAAGAGUGUCGAUUACAGUGAAGAUGGGUAUUUGGUAGACAGUCGCCAGACGAUUGCUACUGAACCAUGGAUCUUCCAGUGUUAGCUGAACAAACUUACACCGCAAGAGCAGGCGUGAGAGAAUACGAUAAUUUCUUACAUUCGUCGUACCUUUCAAAGCUGACCGAAUCCAGGUGGUGCUAUAUUAUCAUCCACAGUAUUUUAGUUCGGGUACCACUGGUAGAGUCUUUUUUUUUUUUUUUUUUUUUUUUUUUUUGCACCAGGAAAAUAAAAAUUCAUUUCUACCCUUGCCGAGAUUCGAAACACGGAUCUUCCGAUGCUGGAUAGGUGCUGUAACCUCUUACACUACAAGAGCAGAUACGGGAGAAUGCUUACGAGUAGAAUUUUAUUUCAAGAGUUACUAUUUUCAGAUGAAAGAGAGCUUGUUGUGAGGAGACCCAUGUUUGCAACCCGCUUGCUCAUUUACACAAAAGAGUACGUUUAGCGUGAUGCAGUGCAUAUCAGACUUGGGCCGAGCUUCAGUGAUCCCAUGUUCUCUUCAUGAUGAGUCUAGAUUCAGUCUAACCACUGAUUUUCGAUGUACCUUCAUCUAGAUAGAACCACGAUAGCAAUCCUACAGUAUUAGAGAAAGGAACCGCUAUGGGGUUGGAAGUAUCAUGAUCACGGCAGGUAUCAUGUUGGAUAACUGAAAAUCACUUCUUGUGUUUGGCAAAAUUUUCCUGACUGCUGCAAGAUAUACAGACAUGAUCCUAGAGCCCUAGGUAAGAUUUUUUGGGGCUUAGCGGGCUGUCCUUUUUAUGAAUGACAAUGUUUGUGCACAUAGGAUUCAAUAGGGUGUCCUUUGUGGUGUUAUUUAGCGGAUGAACUGGCCAACCAGAUCUUAAAUCCACCUGACUUAUCAACUGUUUCAAUAACAGUACGACGAACCGCUGUGGUGUCUCUUUGUCUUGUACAGGUGACCACACCCCUAUAAGCUCAUUUAGACACUGUCUUGCAACAUCAGCUUUGGACAUUCCUUCUUGUCUUGAGAAUUAUUCACGAUCAUGAAUGGGUACCUUCACUGUUCCCUAUGGCGUAGAUAGCUGUUUUAUAUUUCCUGUUUCCAUACCAUACUGGAUUAAAUUAUGUUUGGUAUUUUUUGGAAAAUUCGAAAAAGUGUGUUUAUUUUCAUGAUUUUCACCACAAGCUUUUAAAUAUAUAUAUACUGGCAAUAUUAGAAUAACGGCAUUUUUUAAAGGCUAGAUUUAAAUCCGAAAUUUAGGGCUAACGAUGAGCUUAAUAGUCUUAAAAUGUUGAAAACAUUUGUGUUGUGUUCCUGUUGCCCAAAGUAUCAAUCUUUAUCCAAGUAAUGAAUGAAGGAAUUAUCCUCUAAGACUGUACGUAUAAUAGGUGAACUACCGAUCCUAUUGUAUGCCUCCGUGUGUGAACUUUGAAAGUAGUGUCCACGAUUUUCCGAAACAAUUCACGCUGAAGGACGUCAUAUUUACUUUGUCUCUUUCCUGGAAGAAAUAAAGAACAUUACUUUACGUUGUUGGUGGUUUAAAUUAUGGCCUAUGAUUAUGUUCGUAGAUGACGAUUCGAGUCACUUACAUGUUCAGAGAAAUUUAGCGUUACUGAAGUUUAACGGUCCAGACUUGGAUGGAUGUAGACAAUUCUGUUCCCGUCGCGCUCUUUGAAGAUGACGACGAAAUAAUCGGACAUGUGUUGGGAGAGGAAGACAAAGAAGACACGCAGAACCAGAAAGUUACUUGGAAGGAAAUUGACGAAGAAUUGAAGACUUGCAUAAGAUUUCCUGAGAAAUGUUCGUCUAUGUCUGUUCAUGGAUUUUAUGAAACUUCAUGCUAUACACAGCGAAUUUUUAUAAAUACGGCGAUAAUCUAAUAAGCAAGCGUACAUUCGAAGUUACAUGCCAUCAGACUAAGAAAUUCAUAAUUUUCAUGUGAUAAUAAAUAUUGUAAUUUUAACAUGCUGUUUAAUAUUGUUUUUCUGAAAUGUAAAAUCAUGUUAUAUGUUUUUAAUUUUAAAUUAUCUGUACGAUUUUCAGUAUUACUCAGUUUUGGCCGAUAGAUUAAAAACGCUACCGACGGAAUUUGUAUGUUGCAUUUUCUACAGGUGGUAUCACAAAACAUGAACAUGUAAGUUGCUGAAAUGUAUAUUCAGUUAUCCGGAAAAACCUAUUAUCCGGAAUCAGCUCAGUCCCUUUGCUGCUGGUUGUUGAAAGGGAUUCUGCUAUAUAUGUAUAUAUAUAUACAUAUGUUUUUUUCAUUAUGGUUUGUAACCUGUGUAUCUGCAUGUGCAAAGUGUUUGAUUAUUUUGUAUUUUUUAUUGCAAUAUAAAAUUUUUAUUUGGCAUUUGAGAAAAUACUGUUUUAAUAGUGGUUUCAAAUCUAUUUCAUUUAAAUUUCAGUGAAUUCCUGAAAUGUAGAACUGAAGUGAAAAUGAAGAUGAUUCUGUUGUUCUUUUUACUUCUCUGUACCCAAGUACUGAGCCAAAUACUUUCAAAACGGAAUGAUAUCAAAGUAUUUAUUGGAAGAGAGGUACUUAUAAAACCAGCUGAUUUACAGUUUCAGAAUUCAACCCAAGGUGCUGCGUGUAAAGUAGAAGUUGUGACUAAAGAGCCAGUUACCCAACAAGUGGGUGUUCUUAAACCACAGGUUUUUGAUUGUGCUUUUAAGUACGGAACAGUGAAAUACGUGCAUCAUGGUUCUCCAUUACUUUCUAAUGACACUGUAAAACUGAGAGUGUAUAAAUUCUUUGAAGAUGAUACUGUAUCAGAAUAUUUAGAUCUUUUUUUUAUAAUAGAAAAUAGUUCUUAUGAUGUAAUUCAACCCAAACUUCCAUUAAUAGUGAAAGAAUUUUACGGCUUAACUAAUGCAAUAAAUGAAUCGGUAUUGACUUUCAAUUAUAAUCAUAAAGCUGGGGCUGUAUGUGAAGUUAAAAUUUCUGAUGACAACCAUUUCAGACCAGCAUACGGCAGAAUAAUUGGUGUAGGUGAAAUAAAUAUUCCUUUCAAAAGAAGAUGCCGAGAUUUUUUGCAACUUGGCCUUCGUUAUGAACACUUGAAGCCACCAUCACCAAAUAUUGAUUAUAUUUUAAUAUCAGUUGAAGUUAAUAGUGAUCCUGAUUUGAAUGAUGGAGGUUUAGUAACUGAAAGAUUUCAUAUUCCUGUAAUAAUUGAACCUGGAUUUCCAAAUCUUCCACCUAAAGCAUCGUUUUCUGGCAUGUACUUAAUGGAUGUAGAUCAGUUCAUUAUAACAGCAAUAACACCUGCUGUACUAUCUGCAACUGAUAGUGAAACACCAUCAGAUCAACUUGUUUUUAAUAUUUCUAAACCUUUGCUUCCCCAUCAGGGUAGUAUAGUUCAUUUGUCUGACCAUACUAGGCCAAUCACUAGUUUUAGACAGAUAGAUUUGAAUAACUUUGAUGUGGCCUAUAAACCACCUGCUAGAUCUUUUAAAGAGAGACAAAUGUUUGAAAUUGGAUUUGUGAUUUAUGACUUGGAUUUUGCUUCCAGUGAGCCUUUUUCCAUGCAUAUUGCUAUUCGUCCUGCUAUAACUACUGCACCUAGAGUUUUUAUGAAUGUAGGUAUGGUAUUAUUAGAAGGUCAGUCAAGGCCAUUAAGGAUAAAUAAUCUUGAGAUUGUUGAUAGUGAUAACAUCAAUGAUGUGCAAAUUUUUGUUACUGGUGGUUUACACCAUGGAAAGUUAGAAGUUGAUAAAAAACCUGCUGUUUCGUUCAAGCAACGUGAUAUUAUUGCUGGUUCUGUAAUCUAUCACCAUGAUGAUAGUGAUUCAGUUCGAGAUAGUAUUCAUUUUCGUAUAUAUGAUGGAUCAUAUUCUACUCACACUAAAUUUCCUAUCACCAUCAUUCCAAAAGAUGAUAACCCACCCUCGCUGCUAAUUAAUGUGGGAUUAAAAGUCAAUGAGGGUAGUGAUGUGCAGAUAAAACCUACUGUGCUUCGUGCUGUUGAUUAUGAUACAUCUGAGGAAUAUGUUAGUUUCGUUGUAAUAAAGCAACCAUAUUCAGGAAGAAUUUUGAAAAAAGGAAUUGAUGUACACACAUUUACCCAAAAAGAUAUUAAUGAUGGACUAGUAUACUAUCAACAUGAUGGAAGUGAGGUUUUCACAGAUGUUUUUGAAGUAAUGCUUCGAGAUAUAAGCAAUCCUCCAAAUGAAUCUCCUCCAUAUGAAGUUUCUAUAAGUAUUUUACCUGUUGGAGAUGAUCCCCCCAAACGAGAUCCUGCCAGUUCUUUUAGCCUAGAAGUCCGAGAAACUGAUAUUGGAUUGCUGAGCAGUCUUCACUUGCAUUACAUGGAUGUUGACUCACAUGACAGUGAAAUUAUAUAUACUAUUACGAUUCCACCCAGAUUCAUUGGCUCAUUUGCACAUGCAGAUCCUGGAAAAAUUGUUGAUUUUACCAAUGAAACAAUGAUGUUUCAAGAUUCUAAUCUGACUGCAAUUAAGAACUUUACCCAAGAACAAAUAAAUCAUCAUAAAAUAGCAUAUGUUCCUCCCUCAGAUGAAAUAGGUCCAAAUCCCUUAUACCUUCAGUUUAUUUUUUCUGUUAUGGACAAAGAUAAUAAUAUAGUCUCUGGACAGAUAUUCAAUAUAACAAUAUUUCCGGUAAACAAUCAGAUUCCUCAGCUUCAUACUGGUGAAUUACUUGUUGAGGAAGGGUCAUCUACAUUACUAUCAACAAAUGAGCUUUCUGUGUAUGAUCCAGACACUCUAACAUCUGACUUGCAGAUGAGUUUGUUCACAAUUCCUCUUCAUGGCUCAUUGCGUAGAAGUGAGCAGCCACUUAGAGUUGGUGAUUUGCUCUCACUUGAUGACAUCCUUACAUUGAGAUUAGAGUAUAUUCAUGAUGGUUCUGAAUCAUUCAAAGAUAAUUUUAAGAUUGGUGUCAAUGAUGGUCUCCAUUUUGUUUCGGGUGAUGUAUUAGUUUCAGUUGAACCUAUUGAUGAUGAAAAACCAAUUUGGAAAAAAGGUUUACUUCCACGGAUUUCUUUAAAUGAAGGAGGAUCUAUUCAGAUAACAUCUGAG